UCGCCUAUAAUAUCUCACCGUAUUCUCCUCUCCUUGUCAGAUCCUUGUGUGAAGUCCCUCUAGUGUGUUGGUCCUGAUUCUGUCGGCGUUUCAGAUCGUGUCUUGUUCCUGUCUUCGUUUCAUUGGAUUACUCCCGGGAAUGGAGAGAGGAAAGGAAGAAAAGGCACCAGCAGACAGUCAUGUGUUUGAAGACAGGGAGCUGGAGAAACACAUCACUCCUCAAACUCUAAAACCAAAGAUCAAGCAGAACCCUCUCUAUUCCCACAUCAACGUCAUCCACAUGGAGAACAAGUCCAAACCAUCCUGGACCAUCCAGGACUACGACAGACAGACUGCACACGGUCAGCUGGCAGACUAUAUGAAGGAGGACCCAAGAGACCUGAGCUUCUGGCUGGAAGAUCUCUACACACCCGGCUAUGAUUCUCUGCUGAAGAAGAAAGCAGCUGAAUUGAAGAGGAACAAAAUUUGUAAAACAUUUGCAUUCAUCAUUCUGUUAGUUUUUGCAGUAGUGAUCAUUAUUACUGUGCCAAUAGUGGUAACACAAUCAAGAGUCUGAUGGAGUCAUGCCAGCCGCUUACUCUAGUCUGCUGUAACAGCUACCCUGAUACAGGGGUGAAUUGUAUCAUCCCAGCCAUUAGAGGGUGAAAGAGAGAGGAAAGGUUUCCUGUAAAAGAGAAGAAAUGGGGGCGUGGUAAUGGAAUUUGUUUGGUGAAGUGAAAGAGCCCCUCACCUUUUUAAUGUUAAAUUUAUUUCAAAAGCUUAAAGGGGUCCUGUUAUGCCCUUUUACGAAGUCUUGAUUUUGUAUUUCAGUUGUACUACAAUACAUUGUCAUGCUUUAUUGUUCAAAAAACACAUUAUUUUUAAUCAAUUAACAAUACAAAACAAUUAUUUUUAUUUUCAUUAUUACAGCUCAUCUCUCCCCAGUCUGGUUGAACGUGUUGUUUUCAGUGAAGCCCCUACCUAAAUACGAAAUGUGCUGUGAUUGGUUAGCUGGCCCAGUGUGUUGUGAUUGGCAGCGCUUAGCGUGUGUUCGGGAAAUGUCACUCCCUUCAUAACCACAAACUCUACUCAGAUGUAAAUAUUAACGAUGGCAUCAAUUUCAAACUAUUUUGAGCCCAAUUCAGACCCUGACAAUGUUAACGAACAAGAGGAUUGUGCUGAAUGGAUUUAAAGCACAGACUUUGCAAGCAUGAAUUUCACAGGACGUGGUGGUUCAGAGUGGUGGAUUUUUUGUGUCAUUUUCUUAUAGAUAUGAUGUUAUCCACCAUUUAAUCAUUAUUUGUUGGAAUACUAUGGUAAUACAAACAGUAA